CAAGGAUGCAUGUUUUCGUUGAAGAACUUCCUGAUAACUUUGAUCAUGGAAGAAGACGUGCCCCAGCCAAAAUAUUUGAGCGUAAUAUGGCUUCUUCUUGGCCUCAUUAUUUGUAUUGGAAAUGUUUUUACCAGCUUUAUACUGUGGCUAUCAAAAGUUAGUCGUGAAAAGUCAGAACCUGGUCGAAAAAUUCAUGGACUAUGGAAUCUUAUUUGUAUGAAUCUCGCUUUCUCUUUGGUCGGGUUGAGUUUGCUUGUAAAUAUGACGACGCUUUUGGCAAGAAAUAAUGAACUCUCCGAUGGAUUAUGUGACUUCUUUGGUUUUCUGUAUACAUUCGGUUUUAAUUUUGCUGUAGUUGGAAUUCUUGUUGGGCUGCUGGACAAAAUAUACAAUUUACACAAGCCAUUUAAUUAUCAUAGUUACGUUAGAGGUGAAAGCAAUGUUCCUAUAAUUAUUUUUGUGUGCUGUACAUUAUACGGCAUGUUUAUGGCAAUUAUACCCUUGACGAGACUUGGUAGUUACUACCAAUCAAAAUAUGCAAUUUGUUUAAUACAGUGGCACAAAGAGGCAGCGACUCGAGUGACUGUGUUUUUGAACCUUAUUCUAUUUUUGGUAACUGCUGCGCUUAUCAUCAUAUAUCUAUGGUUAAUGCGGAAAGUUUACGAAAAUAGAAGGCAGAUGAGGGUGUCGUUCAAUCGACGUAAAGAGACGAUGGUUUUUGAGUUGGUUGUUUCUAGUUCGUUUGUAACUUGUUGGUGCCCAUAUAUGGUAAGUGUCAGGUUCAACAUGAUGCUGGGUUUCAAUUAGUAUUACAUGGUAGCAAAUGGUGGUGAACUUCAGAAUUGUUGACACUUAUGCAUGGAAAUGUGUAUGUGCCACUGAAUACAAGAAUUAUAUAACAAAAUUAAUUUUAACAUUUUCUUACUCUGAUAACUGCUGGUUCACAACUAGAUGCUGCAUGAUAAUACUUCCUGAAACUCACAUAUUGAUUGGGUAAAGCUCAUACACCUAAGUCCUAACACUCGCCUUAAUUAAGGUUACACUGUGAUCUUUACUGAACACCUUUGCAGGAGUGUUAAUUUUGCCUGAACUUUUUUUUAUUGGUUUGAAAGCAUUGGACUAGUUCUAUACUAUCUGACCAUGCAAGCUUGAGUUAUUUAAUAAAAUACAUUUUGCUGCAAUAAAAAAACAUUGAAAACGUAAUAUUGAAAUUCAAUUUUCUCCCGAAGAAUUUUGCAGCAAGGAUAUAUCUAAAGAUGUAAGUUUCAAAUCUGUGUUAGGCUUUUUUCUAAUUUUGGAUAUUUUAAUAAAGGGAUGAGCAAUUCACUCAAACAAUUCAGAAAUAUAUUGCAGUCAUUAAAAAAAAUCGCCAUAUCAGCGGAAUGACGAAAUAAACAAAAAUUGCCAAACACAAUUUUUGAGAACAACUAUUUUACUGUAUAAAAAUGAUAUUUUUAUAAACAUCUUAAAACCAGCAGGAAAACAACUCAACAGCAUAAUUAAAGGUACCACUAUUUAAAAUUUUCUUGAAUAAUUCUUACAUUAUUUUAUUGUACUUAUUAAGCUUGUCAAUUUUACAACUUUACCAUAUUUUGCAUGCACUGCAUGGCGAACAUUUGGUGAAAAUUUGAUGAAAAUCGGAUUGAUAUUGAGUGCGCAGUAGCGAUUUUCCGCAAAACGCCAAAAAGGGUGUCCUGUCACCUUAAAACAUGUCUGCAUACACAUUUGGUCUAGUGAUGCAUCAAUAUCCAUAACAUAUUAUAAUAUUUGCCUGAUUUGGUCAAAUGUACAGUGUUCUGACUUUUAACACUCUAACCAGUCAGCUAGAAUUCAUCCUGGGAUCACAUGACUUGAUAAAUUUAGUUUGAAAACAUGGUGGCUGUGGGAAACAUUUUUUUGGGAUGAAUUUAUGGCUUUACUCGAAUUCACAAUCAGAUGGCUGACAGUUAUGUAUGUCAUAGGUAAAUCAAUUAAAAUGCAUCAUGCGCACCUUGCGGCUCUGUGCCUUUAAGGACUGUGAUUAGGAUUUAAUGGAGUGACAUUUUGUUUGUUUAGAUUGCAAUGUUUGUUUCAAAUAUUUCCUCAGACAAACAUCCAGAAGAAGCAGGGAUUGCUGUGUUGUUUGGUGUGAUAUUGGUACCUUUUUUGGUAUCCCCCAUGGUCACAGAUGUCCUUCAUGGUCACUACCAAGAAGAAUGUAAGAAGUUCUGGGAUGGUGUGCACAAGUAUUUGACAUCAAAAAUAGGAAAACCCACAACCACAUCAGGUAUGUUAGAUUCAUGAACCCAUAUUAAACUGCAUAAUAAGCUGCUAUUUUAUGCUGUUUAAGUUUGAGGCUUGAUUUGGAGUUGGAGGCUUGAUUAGACUGGGGCCUUCCUAGAGAGGGGAAGGCCUAUUAGAGAGCGGAAGGUUUGUCUUAUAUUAGAAGGCUUGUCCUAUAUUCGAGGGCUUGUCCUAUAUUAGAAGGGGGCGCAUACCGUAUUAGAGAGUGGGAGCUUAUUAGAGAAACUUAUGGGGGAUUUAUUAGAGAUGACAUACAGUAUAAAAGGAAUGGGUUACUACAGCCAAAGGACUCAUUUCAGGCAGGGGAUUAGUAAAGGAUUUACUGUAGUUGCAGUUCUAAUUGUGUUUAAUGUUAACCCAGGGCAAUCAGAAACAAGUACUACCUCACAUGGAAACAAUCUAAUUCUUGAAGAGUUGAAAGUUGAUACGUUGAAGAUGUGACCAUCGAAGAAGGUUUAGCGAAGGCAUUAUGUCAAAGUAGGAACAAAUUUUAUCCCUAGAUUUUCUAAUAUAUUAAGAACUUCUUUGUGGACAUAGUAGACAUACACACUUAGUUACUUUUGCGGAAUGCCUUUUUACUGAGGUAAAUACGAACAUAAAAUGAACUGUCUGUGCCAGGCAAUAAUUAUGAGCAUAUGUUGAGAUUUGCUAGGUUACAGUAAUUCAUCAAUGUUUGUGACUCUCUAGCUUUAUUUAUGUUUCAUUGUUAUAAACAAUCACAAACUUGUUCAUCUGGCAUUUACAGUACCAUAUAUGAAUCAACG